UAAACUAUGUUUUCAUAACAGAUUGUGUGAACGGAAGUUGUAGAUAAAUUUAAUAUAAAACAAAAAUAGAUGGAUAAAUAACAAUAAUAAUAUGAAUAAACUGAGCUCACGCCUGGGGCAAGUCUAGGUUCUGGCAUACCUGGGUUAAUUGCACGGCACGUGAACAUCGACUGACUACUGUGUGUCGCACACCUGGCUAAUUUGUAAGCACUCGGCACGUGCAUAUGCAUAUGAAAUGAACAAGCCACAACGAUCAAAAUUAGACUUCUAACAGGUUGGGAUAUCCUCCAAAUAUCAAGGAAUAUGCACCAAAUUAAAGAUUAAGGACAUAAUCGAGCAAAUGUUCAUGCGGACCAUAUCCAGCGCACACAGAGUACAUCAGAAGCAGUUAAACAGGAAGGACACACCAAAGAAGCAUUCCCAGACACAGAAAAAUGACAACCGAGGAGCAGACAGAAAAUGGUUUUAAAAGAGACGAAUUUGAUGUGGACUUUGAAGGAAAUGUUGCCAAGAAAGCCCAAUGGUCCAACAAGUUCCAGUGUGUCAUUGCUCUGCUUGGAUAUACUGUAGGACUUGGCAAUUUGUGGAGAUUUCCCUAUGUAUGUCAACGGAAUGGAGGGGGUGCGUUUCUGAUUCCCCACAUGAUCUUCACGGUUAUAGUUGCUAUACCUCUCUUCUUCUUGGAGGCUGCCCUUGGUCAGUUUUCCCGUAAAGGUCCUAUCGGAGUGUGGGGGCUGUGUCCUCUGAUGAAAGGUAUUGGUUUUGGUAUCCUGAUUAUCAGUUUCAUCAUUGUGCCGUACUACAGUAUGAUGUUUGCCUGGGCCCUCUACUACAUAUACAGCUCCUUCUCCACCGUCCUGCCCUGGACAACAUGUGACAACUCAUGGAACACACAACGAUGUGUGGCUGUUGGUGAUUCAAAACGUAUCAUCAAUAAUUCAACAGUUAUAGAUGAAUCAAGAUUCAACAAGACAAACUAUUUUGUACAGAUGAACGCUUCUAGUGAGACCAACGUUUCCACUGAAUUAGCCAGCGUAUCGGGUCAUACGGCAACAGAGGAAUUCUGGCAGUACAAAGUGCUGGGCAUUUCUUCAGGGAUAGAUGACCUCGGCACUGUCCAGCUCCAUCUCUUCAUCUGCUGGGGUCUCACAUGCCUGCUCCUUUUUCUUAGCAUCGUAAAAGGAAUCAAGUCACUUGGCAAAGUAGUGUAUGUGACAGCGUUGAUGCCAUACAUACUGUUGACGGUACUGCUGGUCAGGGCGUGCAUGAUGCCGGGUUCUAUGAACGGGAUUAUGUACUAUGUCAAUCCUGAUUUUAGCCGUCUUCAACACUCACAGGUGUGGCUAGAAGCAAUUCUUCAGGUGUUCUUCUCAGUGGGUCCUGCUUGGGGAACUAUUAUUGCCAUGUCAAGCCACAACUCUCCCCACAACAACGUUGCUAGAGAUGCAAUCCUAGUCACUCUUUUAGGCGAGUUGACAAGUGUUUUUGCUGGGUUUGUGGUGUUUGCAACGGUGGGUUUCUUGGCUCAUGAUCUCGGACAACCUGUAACUGAGGUCAUUACUUCAGGUCCGGGCAUUGGGUUUAUUGUGUAUCCAGAGGCAGUGUCCCUACUACCGUUCUCCCAGCUGUGGUCCGUGCUGUUCUUCUUGGUAGUUCUGAUGAUGGGGGUCGAUUCAAUGUUCGGCAACAUAGAAGCAGCUCUUGGGUGUAUAGAAGAUAUUCUGCCAAGGCGUUUUCACACCAAACACCUCCAGACCAUUAUGGCUGCUGUUUUGAUGAGCGUUGUUUUCCUUCUUGGCCUCCUUUUCACAACUAGUGCUGGGAUGUACAUGUACCAGCUGUUAGAUUGGUAUGUGGCUGCCGUUGCUUUGUUUGUAAUCGGUACUCUGGAAUGCAUUAUUGUCGGUUGGUGCUACGGUAUGAAGCGUUUUGCUGUUGAUGUGGAGGCUAUGAUUGGAAAACAGCUGCCAAUUGUCUUUAAACUGCUGUGCUUCAUCUUUGUUCCUGUUAUUCUAACGGUGGCCAUGUUUCUAACUGUCACUUCUUACGAACCACCAUCUUACGGGAGUUAUGAGUACACGCCCGUCGCUGUUACUAUUGGUUGGUGUGUCGCCAUUGCACCAGUUGUACCUAUUCCAAUAACGAUGGUGAUACAGAUCCUGAAAGAAAGGGGGUCCUUUGCUCAGCGUGUGAAAAAAGCCACAACGCCAAACAGGAAGUGGGAAGAAUUCAAGCUACUCUAUGGAGUGGAGACGACAUCAAGAUACACUAUUAAAGAAAACAUCCUAUUUCUUUUCAACCGAUGAUCGACAUCGAAGUACUGACUUACAUUUGAUUGUAAAGAGCUUCUCGAUCAUUUUUGUGACGGUGCAGCCAUUGACUUCGACCGUUCACCUUUUAAUUGUUUUGAAGAUCCAUAUAGUGUUCUUGAUAGUAUUGUUUCAGAUGAAAAACAAAAUUAUUGGCAAAAAGUACUAGCUGCUGGAAUUGUGUCGGAUUUUUUUGCGGUUCAUAUUUGUUCAUAUUGUUGUUGCUAAGACGUUUAUUACAUACAGUGGAACCUGCAACUUACCCGUGAUAAUUCUUAUGUAUAUGUUUGGGAAAUUUCACAAAUUAUACCUUUUUCAUAAACUAUACCUUUCAAAA